AUGAAGUUCCUGACUGGUACUUCCUUCUCGGCUCUCACUUCACUGACAAGCAUUGCUCUCGUCACUGCCAGCCCCUUGCCAAGGCUCAACAGUACUGCAUCGGCUUGGAACAAUACUAUCAGUAGAGAUCUCAUGGCUCGGGAGGACAAAGGUGGCGGCAACCCAUGGGUUACCAAUAAUUGGCCAGAGUGGGACACGCAGGAGUGCGACUGGGAUUUGUACACUAUGUGUCCUGGAGAGGCUGAGAUGACCACAUAUACGCCAAAAGAGACGGCUUGGCUAGAAUUCUGCGAAGGUUCGUGGUACAAGCGGCCUUGUAUACUUGUCCCAGUGCCGGAAUGGGGCAGAUGUCAAGAACUUCCGGAUUCCAAUCGAUAUGGUGAUAUUGGAUCCAGCUUCAAAUGGUUCAAAGUGCCACCUGAGGGUGGUCAUUGUGAGUUCUGGGACGAUCAUGACUGCUCAGGCAAGCAAAAAAGCUGGACCUACGAUGGUACUCCGCAGUGGACUCCGAAACAUACCCACGGUCGAAAAGGAAACAUCUGGAGAGCCUUCAAGUGCAAGACUGUCUUUGGAGAUUUGAGUGAAAGUGGAGAUGGUGAUUACUAUGAUUGA